CGAGGAAGAAGAUGAUUCAGGCUGAGCAGUCUUGAUAUUAGAUUUCCUGUCAAAACAAUAGUUGAAGAAAAAUGUGUGGAGGGUCUGUUGUUUCAGAGUUUAUCCCCAGCAGGGGAAUGAAGGCAAAGGAGUUCUGGGCCAUCUUUGCUAAUACCCAUGAUAUCAAUUUCAGUGAAAACCAUGGGACUCCCCCAAAGGAGGAAGUUUCAGCACACCCAAGUUCAAGUUCCAGUGUGAAAGGAGGAGGUGAGAGUAAGGUGGGAGGGAGGAAGAGGAAGAAUAUAUACAGAGGAAUAAGGCAGAGGCCAUGGGGCAAAUGGGCUGCUGAAAUAAGGGAUCCUUCUAAGGGUAGUAGAGUUUGGCUUGGGACAUUUUCUACUGCUGAAGAGGCUGCAAGAGCUUAUGAUGCUGCAGCAAGGAAGAUUAGAGGUAAAAGAGCUAAGGUUAAUUUUGUUGAAGAAGCUCCUGCUUCUUGUAACUUGAAGGAGUUGCAGGUGCAAACUAUGAACAAUUGAAUUAUCUUGAAAUUUUGCAAUCUUAAAUGCCAACAAAUACUGUAUACUUUAACUUUGAUUUUAAGGCAUUAAGGCUGUUCACAGGAGGGUGUAUUUGUUCACUUCAUUCAAGGAUGGUGGACCUUCUGUAUUUUGAGAUCCAUGUAAUAGUUUUGUAAAAGAAAAUAUGACAUUUAAAUUGUAAUAGGUGAUUGAUUUCAUUGACAAAAUAUUAUCAUCAUACUGUUUUGUA